CGGAUCUACAACUUUGUAACAGCAUAUGAGGAGCGCUUAAAUCAUUAUGCACCAUAAUUGGGAACUAGUAGAGUACCUGCUUGCUGGUGCCGUCGCCCGCCCGCAAUGUUCACAGGCAGAAGUCGUUCGCUUUCAUCACCUUGCCCAUAUUCCCCAUUUGGUGAUUAGUGCAAAAGGUCGCUGGGCUGGGCUGUGACUGAACGUUGUGGUUCAUGCUCCGCCAUCAUCCCCAGCUAAAAAACAACGCCGUUCCAAACCACUUUACGCUUUACUACUUUCUCUUCUGUUUUAAACCUCAAGCAUGGAUUAUUUUGUUGGUAUUGAUAUAGGGACUGGUUCUGCUCGAGCUUGUGUCAUCGACUCUCACGGUGACGUUCUUGGUUUACACGUUGAACCUACCAAAACUUGGAACCCGCGACAUGAAAUCUACGAGCAAUCUACUGAAAACAUAUGGAAGUGCAUUUGUACUUCGGUCAAGGAAGCCGUGUCAAAAUCAGGAAUUCAGCCUGACGCUAUUCGCGGAGUAGGUUUCGAUGCAACUUGCUCCUUGGUUAUAACUGACAAGCAGGGAGCCCCUCUCAGCGUGGAUCCAGAAAGCAACUUCAGUAAUCACGAGAGGAACAUUAUCCUUUGGGCGGACCACAGAGCCAUAGAUCAGGCUAAUCGCAUCAAUGCAACUCAUCACAAUGUCCUAAAGUAUGUCGGAAAUACCAUUAGUCCAGAGAUGGAAAUACCCAAGACUCUUUGGCUCAGUGAAAAUAUGCCAGCCGAGAAAUUCAGCAACAUUGGUCAUAUUUUUGAUCUUCCAGACUACCUUACCUACCGUGCUACUGGUUCAUUGGCUCGUUCAACAUGCUCUGUCACCUGCAAGUGCUCAUUUGUCCCAGUUGGAAUUGAACAGUCAAAAGGUUGGAGUGACGACUACUUUAGGACCAUUGGAUUAAGUCAGCUAGCUGACGAAGGGUUCGAAAAGCUUGGAGGAAUUCCUGGAGAAACUGGAGAGUUUCUCUUUGCUGGAGAUCCAGUAGGGAAUGGUCUCACUGCAGAAGCCGCUCAAGAUCUCGGCUUGCCUGAAGGUCUCCCUGUUGGCUCCGCUGUCAUUGACGCAUACGCUGGCGCAAUCGCAACCCUUGGAGCAAGUUCUUCAAGAGCAGAGGCACAGGAAAUGGCUCGCCUUCCGGCGAAGGAAAGUCUGUUACAACAAGGUGCAAACCGCUUGGCGAUCAUUUGUGGCACAUCCAGCUGCCAUAUCGCCAUGGCACCCGAAGCAAUCUUUGUUCCAGGCGUUUGGGGCCCUUAUAAGUCUGUUUUGGUUCCGGGUAUGUGGUGUGCUGAAGGCGGGCAAUCGUCCACCGGUCAACUCAUUGACCAUAUGCUCAGCAAGCAUCCGGCCAUCGAAGAGGCUAAGGAAUUGGCCAAGAGUCGUGAUAUGAACAUCUAUGCGUUUUUGAAUACCUACUUGGAAGAGAAGAAACAGCGCCACAAGUACAAGUAUCUUGAGCAGCUGGUCUCUCAGCUGCAUAUCUAUCCAGAUUUCCACGGAAAUCGAUCCCCAUUGGCGGACCCUACUUUGCGCGGAACCAUCGUUGGACACUCGCUUGAUGCAAGUGUUGAUGAUCUCGCUGUAAAGUAUUUGGCCACUUUACAAGCUAUCUCUUGUCAAACUCGCCAUAUCAUUGAGUCUUUGAACGCUUGCGGAUACACCAUCGACACUUUGUGUCUGUCUGGCGGUCUCUGCAAAAACCCCAUUUUUGUCCAACUUCACGCAGACAUCACGGGAUGCAAAGUCAUCUUACCAAAGAGCAUCGAAGGUGCUGUCGUCAUUGGUGCUGGUUUCCUUGGAGCCAAGGCAGCGGGAUUGAGUGACAAUCUUUGGGACGUUAUGAUCAAGCUUGGACAGGCUGGAGACGUUGUUAAUCCGUCUGAAGACUCAGAAAUUAAAACGCUCAACGAGCGAAAAUAUAAGGUGUUCAAGAUGAUGUUGGAUGACCAGCGUAAAUACCGCCGUGUUAUGGCCGGAGAAGAAUAGCUUUAGCAUCAAUCCAUAAUAAUGUACAGCAACAAAAUAAAUAAAAAGGUCGAUGG